AUGCAUAGAGCUGAUAGACGGAGAAGGAGGAGUAGUGGAUCUGGCUUGGAGCAGACAAAUGGAGAUUGCGGAGGAGAGGUUAAUCCAACUGUUGACAAAGCAUCCGAACAAAGCAAUGUAGAGGGAACACCAAACGUUGGAAACGAAAAUGGACAUAUGCGUGAGGAAACGGUGGAGAAAGGAAAGGGCAUAUCCAAUGGGUUUUCUGGUGAAGAGGAGAAACCGACCCCUGUAACUGCAAAGAAGAGAUCUGGUAACAGAUCUUCAGGACCGCAUCGGGAACUUGUCCUUGGUCUUCCUUGUAAAGGACAAUUUGAAAUCUUUCGGUCCAGGAAUGCAGCCUCGAGCUCGAAGAAGCUAGGUGGAGGUGGUGGUGAAAGGAAUGUGCAGUUAUCUAGUCACAAGAGAGCUCAGAGAUCUAAAGAAGCUGUUGCAUCAUCUUCUGUUGAUGCUAAUCCCACACCUGUAGAUAGACCAAAGAAAAGGAAGAAGGCGAUCAAGAAAGGAAAAGUUAUAGAAGAUGACGAGUACACAAGAAUCAAGAAGAAACUUCGGUAUUUAUUAAACCGGAUUAACUACGAGCAAAGCCUUAUUGAUGCCUAUUCUUUAGAAGGCUGGAAAGGUUCAAGCAUGGAAAAGCUAAGGCCAGAGAAAGAGCUUGAACGAGCCACAAAGGAAAUUCUGCGACGCAAGGUUAAAAUUAGAGAUCUUUUUCAGUACCUGGACACGCUCUGUGCUGAAGGAAGCCUCCCAGAAUCGUUAUUUGAUUCUGAUGGAAAGAUUUCUAGUGAGGAUAUCUUCUGUGCAAAAUGUGGUUCAGAGGACUUGUCUGUUGAUAAUGAUAUCAUACUAUGCGAUGGCUUUUGUGACCGAGGCUUUCACCAAAACUGUGUUGAACCACCUUUGCGAAAAGAAGAUAUUCCUCCGGAUGAUGAGAGUUGGUUAUGCCCCGCAUGUGAUUGCAAAGAUGACAGCUUUGUGUUGCUUAAUGAUUCUUUAGGGACAAAACUCUCGGUCAGCGACAGUUGGGAGAAAGUGUUUCCUGAGGCAGCAGCAGCAAUGGCUGGUGGAGAUCAGAACCUGAACUGUGAUCUUCCUUCCGAUGAUUCUGAUGAUGAAGAGUAUGCUCCGGAUGGGUUGAACGAUGAUGAAAAUGAUGAAGAUGGCAGUGACGACAGUGACGAGUCUGAGAAGGAAGAUGGAAGUUCUGAUGAAUCUGAUUUCUCAUCUGCAUCUGACGAAAUGAUCGCAUCGUUAAAAGAAACCAAAGAUAUAAUGGCCCUUCCAUCUGAUGAUUCUGAGGAUGAUGACUAUGAUCCUGAUGCCCCGGUUCAAGAUGAAGAUAAGACGCAAGGAAGUUCAAAUUCAGAUUGUUCAUCAGACUCUGAGGAUCUUGAAACUUCCCUUAACGGCGACGAGUCUAAUCAAACGCCACGUGGGAAACCCGGAAGAAAGAAGUCCCAGCUCCCAGAUGUUUCCAGUUCCGAAGCAGAUGAUGGCCUUGAUCAAGAUCUUGAAGAUGCUCCGGGGAGGAGGAAGGUUGAAAGGCUGGACUACAAAAAGUUGUAUGAUGAGGAAUAUGAGAAUGUUCCGACUUCAUCGAGUGAUGAUGAAGAUUGGGAUAAAACUGCAGGGAAAGAAGAUUACGAGUCAGGAGAUGAAAUGGAGACUGUACCUCUGAAACAGUCUUCAAAAGCAGAAGAUCAUACUUCUACUAAGAAACCCAGAGAGAAGUUGAAAAGAGCAAACAACAAGGAUAAUUCUUUGAAAGCGCCACAACAAGAAGCAUCCAGAGAAAAUGGUUAUUCCGGCGGCAAAAGCAGCUCUUCAGCUAAUAAACAGAGACUACUCAAGUCUUUUGAAGAGAAUCGAUAUCCAGACAUUACCACUAGGGAGGGCUUAGCCAAAGAGCUACAAAUGACGGUAAAACAAGUUACUACCUGGUUUGUUAAUACACGCUUUUCGACAAGCAAAAAGAUGGUUUCAGAGGAAGUCGUUGAUAAGUUAAAAGCAGGUAAGGAAGGCGAAGGUGAGACAUCUGUUGCCGGAAGUAGCGAACAAGUCAUGGAAACUGAGGCAGUGACAGAGAAUAAGAGUAGAGCAUUAGAAUCAACCAAUACUCGAUCAAGUAAAAGAAUGAGAAGGUAG